AUGUAAAAGUAAUGAUUUAAUAUUAUUUGAAAGAGAAGAAGUGGAAUUUACAUUCAAGCAUUUAUGUUACAAAUACACUUAUGUCAAUAUUUAAGUUCUCCUAAUCACACUUUAUUAAUUUUAAUAGGCUCCUUUAGCCCUACCAUUUUCAUGUACCAUAUUGAAUGAACUAAUUAUAUGGAUUAAAUAUUCUAGAGGAUAUACAACAGAAAAUAUUGAACACAUUCUUAACAUUUUAUUUUACGUAUUUUUUCUUAUAUGAUUUAGAUAUAUGUCACACUCAUAUAUUAUUUAGAUCUAAACUACUAUAUUUUCAGCACUAUAUUUAUUUUAUUGUCUUUUAUUUUCAAAGUAUUUUGCGAUAAGAAAUAAAAUCAACAACAUGAAUAUUCAACUAUUUUAAGAUUGGUAUUUUUUAUUUAUAUGAUAGUGUAAAAUUUUAUACGAAUUUUCCUUGUUGAUAGCAUUACUUUGUAUCACAUUAAAAAUGAAUUUAUAUGUAGAGUGGACAUGGUCUUAAACCUUUUGGUGGUAUUGGAUGUUUUUAAGUGGAUUAAUUGGAUUGACAAUAACUUUUUUAUUGAUAUUAAUUUCUAAAUUAAUUAGAAUUAACAAUAGCACUAUAAUAAACCACUUUAAAAAUGAAAGUAUAUUCUGGAAUAUCUAAAUUAGUUAAAACGAUAGUAUGGUUAUUGUAUACUUCAGCUUUAAGCAGCCUAAUAGCAGCAGUUUGGAUAAUAAAUACUUUAAAUAUACUUGGAAUUAAUCUUGAGAUAAAAGUAGGAGAUUUCUAUAUGUAUUCCAUAAUAUCAAUGAAUAUUCUAAUUUUUUGUACAAUCUCAUAUGUCUUUUUCCAUUCCAUAGUUGAAUUUGUUUUAUCAAUAAAUUAAAUUGAAUCAAGAGAUUAAUCCCCCAAAACUGCAACUUAAAAUAGAGAUAAAUAAAUAAAAAAAGAGAUAACUAAAACAUCAAUUUUUAUGUAAAAACUAUCAAGUGCUUAUUUUCGAUAAAUAAAGGACUUAGAAGUUGUAGUUCUUAAAGAUACAAAUUAAAAUGAAAUAUUAACAGAGAGAAAUGUGAAUAAUAUUAUACUUUAAAAAAAUAAAAACUUCCCUCAUGAUUCAAAUAGCAAGUGUAUUAUAUGUUGUGAAAAAUCUUCUAAUGCAAUUUUAAUGAAUUGUUGUCACGGAGGAAUUUGUUAUUAGUGUGCAGUGUAAUUAGCAUAGAAGUAGAAGGAAUGCUUUCUUUGUAGAUAGAUAAUUUCUACGAUUUAUGAAAUUGAUGAAAAGGAUGUUAGUACAUUAAAAAGAGUGAUUUCAAAAACUAGAAUUUCUAAUUGA